AGUGGUUACAUGAGGCGGGGUGGACACAGCGUCCUGCGCGCCGGAAGAGGCGGGGCUGAAACGGGGCCUCAGGCGACGCGGCGUCGGGGAGGGAAGCUUCCGCCCUUGUUCUGGCAGGCUUUCGCCCACGCCCAGGAGGGCCCAGGGGCUCCUGGGUCGGGGCAGCAGUUGAUGCUUCUCGGAGCGGCGGUAGCCCCGGCAACGACUCCUCCGGGAGGCGGAGGAUGGAUGCAGGUUUAUUUGCAGUUACAGUCUGUUUCACCUACCUCGUGCCACGCUAUGAACCAGGAUCCCUCGAGGGGAGAAGCCGCUCUGCGAGCGGUGGUCGCCGUGGAACGACUUGGGGAGCCGGUGGGACAGGUACAAACGAGUUGUGAUGGAAACUUUGAAAAUGUAGAGCUGGGUGUCAUAGGGAAAAAAAAGAAAAUUCCAAGACGGGUCAUUCACUUUGUCAGUGGUGAAACCAUGGAAGAAUAUAGCACUGAUGAAGAUGAAAGUGAUGGUCAAGAGAAAAGAGACCUUUUACCUACUAUUGAUCCGACAAAACUUACCUGGGGUCCCUACUUAUGGUUUUACUUGCUUCGUGCUGCCACAUCAACACUUUCAGUGUGUGACUUUCUUGGAGAGAAGAUUGCGUCACUUAUGGGUAUCAGCACCCCAAAGUACCAGUAUGCCAUUGAUGAAUAUUACCGGAUGAAGAAAGAGGAGGAAGAGGAAGAAGAAGAAAAUCGAUUGUCUGAAGAGGCAGAAAGACAGUAUCAGGAGCAGCAGCAGAAGCUCCAGGCUGACUCCACUGUUCAGACAGACCAGCCAGAAGCUGUGGCAUCAAAUUCUUUUGUUAACCGUAAUUUUGAAAUGGAUGGAGACUGUAAAGUAAUUAUGGAAAAUAAACAAAGUCUAACCCCUGUUAGCCAUAACUUAGAAUAAAACGACUUAGCAAAUUUCAAACUCCAGGGUAUUUUUUUUUAACUUAAGGAAACUUACAGUGAAACUUAUUUAUAUUUAAAAUUUUGUUGAAAGGGGCAAUUACCCUUCAGUAGUUCUAGAGUGUCUCUUAAAGAAUCCAAAGUCUAUCUAGUAAACAGCAGUUUUCUUUCAAACUGACUACAGGCAUCAGAAAACUAGGCUAAAGCUUAAAUCUCCUAUAUAAAAGCAGUAAAAGAUCUUUUGUCAAAAUGUCAGAAUGAAAACAUGUCAUUUUAUGUUUGACACUGGGCAAGGUAUAUGGGGGAUUAAACUAAUAUUUCUAAAUUUUUGAAACAAAACAGGAUUUUUUAAAAUGUUUUCUAAUUUGUAACCAUGUUUAUAUUAACUCUGGCUUAUAUACUAUUAGAGUGAAUUUCAUCAGCACCUAAAAUUUGAUCUUAGAACAAGAUGGAAAGCAUUUUUUUCUUGUUUAGAAAAAUUCGUAUUCAUUAGUCAUGGAAAAUAAUGUUUUGGUUACAAUGAAACUGUUCAUUUCCAUUCUUCCCAAAUUAGGUUUUAAGAUGAGAGUAAUUUCAGCUUGUUUAAACCUCCUUAAUCUUGACUUUUUCUUAAUAGUAGAAUUAGGGACUAAAUCAAAUUUUGACUCAUUUUCAGUUUCAACUGAAUAAUUUACAAUGAGCGCAUACAUGCUCAAAUUACAAGCAUAUAAAAAUUGCUCAGAAAGAUUCCUACUUUUGGCAAUGAAGUUUUUUGCCUUUAUCAUUCUUCAUUUUCUAGUAGAUAAAAUUAAGUGAUCAGUAACUAGCAUGCUCAUUCCAUCACUCACCAUGUUAUCUACAAACCUUAUGCGUAUAAGUCACUUUUGGAAAUGUGCUCAGAUGUACAUAAAUCAGUAUGGGCAUGGUGGUAAAGUAGUGGUCAUUUGUAAAUUCAAGCAUUGCAAAGGUAGGAAAAAAA